UUUGUGCCGAAUGGUACAUGCUAGCUAAAUCCAGUGGCUGAGCUAAUACUUUAAAAUAUAACAUACAGUUGUUUCACGUGAAGUAUAAAAGAUAAACAAUGUCGCUUUCUACUGCGCGUUCAUUCUUGUCAGAGGCCGGUUAUGGGGAACAAGAAUUGGAUGCAAAUUCAGCUCUCAUGGAGUUGGACAAAGGUGUGUAGUGAGCCAGCCAGCUAGCAACUAGCUAGGUGGCUAGCCAUUUGUUAACCUUAUCAAUGCGAAAAGAGCUUAGCAGCUUAACAUUUGAAACAACUGUACUGUGUCAUGUAACCCCGGAUGUAUAUGCAUUCAAGGCCACACAACUGCACAUAUGUUAGCUACAAUUAAAAUAACAAGAAAGCUAGCUUGUUAGUAGCGAACGCUAGCUUUUUAGCUGUUCGCCUCAGUGACGAGCAAACUUGAACUACAUUCAGACAUUUGUCAGUUAGGCAUAUGGCUACAGGGGAUGAAACUCAAGUUGUCUUUCCAUGUCUGUGUACACUGAUAAAUCUAAAUGUUUGACUGAGUUUCUGUCAUUUAUUACAGGUUUGCGGUCUGGGAAGCUUGGGGAACAAUGUGAAGCAGUGGUCCUCUUCCCCAAACUCUUCCAGAAGUACCCUUUCCCCAUCCUCAUCAACUCUGCUUUUCUGAAACUGGCUGACAUCUUCAGGCUUGGGUACAGAGAAUUGUGACAUUUGAACUAACCAUGACUCUGCAAAAUCCUAAAUGCAUUUUACACUUGCCAAUACUGAUCAGUAUUAAAAUGCAUAAGCCUCAGAAUCAUUCAAGGCAGCUAACCAGAGUGAGUUUUGACCGUAUUGUCCUCCUACUGUAAUAAAUAAACAUACCUCUCCCCUCUUUCAGGAACAACUUUCUGCGCCUCUGUGUUUUGAAGGUAACUCAACAGAGCGAGAAGCACCUGGAGAAGAUCCUUAACGUGGACGAGUUUGUCAAGAGGGUUUUCUCUGUCAUCCACAGCAAUGACCCUGUGGCCAGAGCCAUCACUCUCAGGUACCAUAGCGUGCACUUCUCUUUCCAUUAGGGUUUGAUGAUCUAUUAUGAGGGUGGUUAAAUCCACAUUCCACACAGUGGCUGUGUUGCAGAUUUGCAUGGUGGUCAUCAUUAGUCUCACAUGUCAGACAAUUGAUUCCAAAAUAUUACAUACCUACAACUAUUUCAAGAGCAAUGUGAAAAACUGGUAAUUGAGGCUAGGUUGUCAUUGCAUAAACAAAACAAAAAGAGAAACCUCACUUAUUCCAAAAUUAAAUGUGAUACAUACACCAUAGAAGACAAAGCUUUUAUUUUUCUUUGGAAAGACUCAAUCAUCUCCACUUACAUGAUUUCUAAUUCUGUGUGUUUUGUCCUUUUAAAAUUGUAUUUAUUUAUUUAUUUUUAGGAUGCUUGGUAGUUUGGCCACUAUCAUCCCGGAAAGGAAGAAUGCCCAUCACAGCGUUCACCAAAGUCUGGACUCGCAUGACAAUGUCGAAGUAGAGGCGGCCAUCUUUGCAUCGGCCUGCUUCUCUGCACAGUCAAAGUAAGUGGCUCUCUGUUUGAGGUAAGUUUCAAUGUGGUCUAUGUUGUCUGGCCGAUCUGUCAUGAUUUUAACUUAGCUUACUUCCUUUCAAACUGUUCACAAAAAUUUUUGUUCUAUGCCCCAUCCAGGAAAGAGGAAUAAUGAUGUAUUCAGUGUCUGACUCAUUGAACAUGUUCUGUUCUCUGUCCCUUUCAAUCUGCAGAGACUUUGCAGCUGGGAUUUGCAACAAAAUUAGUGAAAUGAUUCAAGGUAACAUAAUGUCUUUAGUAUCAUGUGAACAUCUUGUGCAGAAUCACAUGACAUUCUGUGAAAUUAGGGUUUAGUUAUAUACAAGCACAUUGGUGUUGUCGUAGAGGAGAAGAAAAGGCCAUGCGAUUCCUUUUUGGAUAAAGCGUCCAGGGUCAUGUUCAUUAGUGUACACUGUAGCAAAACAUUUUGCAACAAACAAAUGCAAGCAUUUUGUUAUUAGACAAGUUCAGAUAGUACCUCCGGUUUUCUGAGCUUUUUCUUCCAUUUCGUGCCAACUGAACAUUACCCAGUUGAUCUCCCACUGGCCCGUGCUAUCACUACGCUCUUGUUCCUCUCCAGGUCUGGACACCCCGGUGGACCUGAAACUGAAGCUGAUCCCUAUGCUGCAGCACAUGCACCACAAUGCCAGCCUGGCCUCCAGCAGCCGGGAGCUGCUGCAGCAGCUGGUCACCUCCUACCCCUCCACCCCCAUGGUCAUUGUCACCCUGCACACCUUCACCCAGCUUGCUGCCUCCUCACUCAUCGACAUCCCCAAACAGGUAGCUAUAGCAACAGACACUAGGGGAAAACUAAGGGGACGUGGCUGACGUGCAAACUGAUAUUACAUUUUCAAAUUGGUUAAAAUUAGGUAGGGUUAAGGUAAAGGUCAGUUUUAGAUUUUGUCUAGUCGUGCUGUCAUUGGGAUGCUGGUCAGAAAAGUCCUCAUUGUCUCUCCCCGGACACUAACGGACAUUAGAAUCCCAUUGGUACACAACUCAGACAAUUUUUGUCAGCUGGACCCUAUUUGGCAUGACAGCUGACACCACAUCACAGACAGAGUGCAUUUCAUUUAAAACAAUCAUACAAACAGAUCUCCCAGUACAGAAUUUGAGUGACAAGUGACUUGUUUAUAGCACCUGCAAUUCCGAAGCCCAGAUGACAGCAAAGCUUAGCAACAGUGGAGAUUGCUAAUGCAGAUACAUACUGUGGCAUCCACCCAGGCUAUAACAUCUAAACUCCCCUCCUGAGCUCAAGAAUCCGUAAGAUCUGUAGAAGGCUUAUAAUGUUUAACGGCUAGUCUCUUUUCCCCCCUCUGUCUGCAGUUACAGCUGCUUCUCCAAUACCUGAAGGAUGACCCCAGGAAAGCAGUCAAGAGACUGGCCAUCCAAGACUUGAAGCUCCUUGCUAAAAAAGCCCCCCAUCUCUGGAACAGAGAGAACACUCAGGUGGGGUAUUAUGUCCCUGCAAAUUCCCUCCAUAAUCAAACUGCAAGUGGUGAAUUGUCAUGCAUUGGGUAUUUUGAAGAUAAUCCAUUUUUUCAUGAUACUGUGUUAAUUUAUUUCCCUUGAAGUGCAUUAAAUAAACUGUUAUUCCUGUGUGUAGACCCUGUGUGAAUGUGCCCUGAGUAGCCCUUACAACAGCCUGAAGCUGGGCAUGCUGUCUGUUCUCUCAACCCUCUCUGGAACCAUCGCCAUCAAACAGUACUUCAACCCUGGAACAGGUAUAGUAUAAUGCAAGAUUGCCUGACUGCACAGGCAAUCAGAAGAAACACAGUGACUUUUUAAUUAAAACAAUGAAUUAAUUAAUUGAAGCUCUUGGCCUAGGAGUGCUAAUCUAGGAUCAGGUCCAAUUUGUCCAUAGAAUCUUAUUCAUAUGAUCUAAAAGGCAAAACUGAUCCUAUAUCAGCACUCUCACUCUGAGACUCUUUGUGAUUACAGGCCAUGUUGUUUUGGGGCCUUGUGAUGUUGGGAACAUUCAGUCAAGUACCCAAGUUGGGUUCAAAACUUUCCAAAACAUUCCUCCUUUCUCCCCCUCAGGUGGUGCUUCCGCCCCUCCCCGGCUCACUGACCUGGUUAAGCUGGUGCAGGAAUGCUGUUACCACAGCAACCUGGCCGUCGCUGCCCAUGGAGUCACUGUGCUCGCCAACAUUGCAAUUUCAUGUCCAGAGAAAGGUGGGCACUGGGUAUAGGGUACCUCUUAGUGGUAUUUGAUGUCCUCUCACUCAUCUUUCAUUAGCUACCUGAUCAUCACAGGACUUCACAGGUAUUUGAAAAUGGGGCUUACCUAAGAAAAACUUCCAGUUGUGGACUAAUUCAUGGUAAAAAAAAGGGUUUGGUGCACUCAAAGGCUUUCACAGAUUACCAGUACAGUAUUAGGGUUUUUCAGCAAUAAAAUGACAGAUCAUCCAUUUCAUUAACUGCAGCGUUUUGUUCUUUGCAAAACACAUUUUUAUGCUUCCACUGACUUAUUGUCCUGCUUUCCCUCCCCAGACAUGAUGCAGCUGGAGCAGGACACAGUGAUGGGGGUGGAGUCUCUGCUGGUGCUCUGCAGUCAGGAUGACAGCCCCAGAGCUCAGGCCACACUCAAGGUGGGUAGCACCCUGGACCCAUGAGUCUAUACAUUACUCGUACAGUGAGGGGAAAAGAUGCGUGGCCUACUCAGUAGUUGUAUAAACUGCCAUGUAAUCUCUGUAGUUUAUAAACUGUUAGUUUAUAGAUAGUUUUACAAAUCUGUAAUAAACAGUUAACACAUUCCGUCUGUUUCCCUCUCUCACUCCCCAGACUGCUCUCACCUCAUUGGUCCAGCUUCUGAAGAGUCGCCCCCACCUCAGCCAAUCAGCGGUGGAGUUCCUGCUGUGCCAGCUGCACUUGGCCCGCGACCCCUCCCGUGUGCUGAUGUGCCACGCCCUGGCGGCCAUCGCCACUCAGUUGCCCGUGCUGGGAGAAGGCAUGCUGGGGGAUCUUGUGGACCUCUAUCGGGUGGCCAGCCACUCGUCCACUGACAAGCAGCAGGAGCUCUUGGUGAGAGAUACACAAAGCCCUAAUACUAACUGUAGUUGCCCUAAGGGGACUAAUAAAGUUGUAUUGAAUUGAAUUACAUUUGUUGUUUUUUACCACACAACUUAACCUUCUUAAGAUAAUUACCUGAAAUGCAUUUGUCAAAUUAUUUUGAAAAGGACGUUAAUGGUCUUUUAAUGACCAUAGCUAUUUUUGCACAAAAACACAGAGGAAGCUAAGCAGUGAGAACUGAUUCUGGCUCUCAUAUGUCAUAAUGGUCUCUGAUAAAUGCUGUGUGUGAAGUCUUUUUAUUUUUUUAUUUUUUUUAAAGCUCUUUCCAAAGCUGUUCUCCAAUCAUGAAUCCCACCUUCUGGAUACUGACAUCUGGCAUGUGUCAUCACCUCCCCCCUCUUCUCCCUGCAGGUUUCCCUGGCGACGGUGGUGUUUGUGGCUAGCCAGUCGUCCCUGUCGGCAGAGGUGAAGACUGUGAUCAAGCAGCAGCUGGAGAACGUGGCCAACGGCUGGACGGUGUACUGCAUCGCCCGGCAGGCCUCACGCAUGGUGAGUCAAGACUUAUUCAAUCUGGCUAAAUCUGGUACAUUUGCAUAAAUGUUGAUAAAUGUGCAUUGUCCCUGUCAAAUUAACCUAAUAAAGUAAUGGAGACACUUGUAGUCUACCUCUCUCUGAAGUAAGUCCAUGUAAACCCAAGUAAAGAGGAAAGGUAGGACAAGCAUAAAGCACAUAUCUAGGCUUCCUGUUGAAGGAUUAUCCCCAUAGACUAGACAUACUGUGAUAUGUAUAGAUCCGUGCUGCACUCAUUUAGGGCUCCAGAGUGGCGCAGCCGUCUAAGGCACUGCAUCUCAGUGCUAGAGGCGUCACUACAGACCCAGGUUAGAUUCCAGGCUGUAUCACAAUCCAGCCGUGAGUCCCAUAGGGCGGCGCUCAGUUGGCCCAGCGUUGGCCGGGGUAGGCCGUCAUUGUAAAUAAGAAUUUGUUCUGAACUGACUUGCCUAGUUAAAUAAAAGAAACUUUUUUUGUUAGGUUGGAAUCCUAAAUGUGCACGCUUAACUUGACACUCGCCUAAAUCAUGCAUUGAUGUCAAUGGCAGACUUCUGUGAAAACUCGAGUUACACGCGCGGAUCUCAAGUUAGGAUUCAAGCCUUAGUCAUUAGUCACUGAUACUGAUGCCUUGGCUCAACACAGUAUUUUGAAACAUUUAGAAAAAGCUUAGAUAUCAGUCUAGAAGCAUUUCCACCCAACUGUCCUGACCUGUGUGUUCUGUUUGCCAGCCUGCCUCCAUAACAUCUCGUCUGGACCUCUGUCCUCGUAGGGUUGCCAUGAGUUCUCCAGCGAGCUGUACCAGAGCUUGCGGACACGCGUGGCCUCGGAGCACUUCUACUUCUGGCUCAACAGUCUGAAGGAGUUCUCCCAGGCCGAGCAGUGUCUGAACGGCCUGGAGGACGGAGACUACAGCGCCGCCAUGACGGCCAUCGCAGAGGCCCUGCGCUCCUACCAGAAGGGCAUCGCCUCCCUCACGGUCAGUGACUGUCCGCCUGCUUAUAGGAAGGCAACGGAUCCAUUUAUAAAUCAACUGUAAACCAUACAUCAACUGACUUAUAUAAACUGACAUGCCCCUAUUGUAGGGUUCAAUACAGCAGGGUUGCAGUCGAUUUAGUUUUUAAUUCAGUCCAUUCAGGAAUUGAGUUGAAAAUGUGCCUUUUUUAAGAGGAUUUUUGUAUUCAUUAAUUGGAUUUCAAUUAACUUUGUGAUUUGACUGAAUUGAAAUGAAUACUGAAUUUACCCCAACCCUGCUGUACCCCAACCCGAUUUUUUUUUUUUUUUGUGCUGUAAAUCUUUAGUGUCAGAAUCCUUUAGCCAGGUAGUACUGGAGUUCAACUAUCAUUUUCCAGUCUGCUUAACUAUCCAGUUAAUGGGGUAGUAUUGAAAGUCAACUCUCUUCCUCCAGGCUGCCAGCACGCCCCUAAGCCCACUGUCGUACCAGUGUGACUUUGUGAAGCUGCGCAUCGACACGCUCCAGGCCCUGUCCCAGCUCAUCUGCACCUGCAACAGCCUGAAGACCAGCCCGCCCCCCGCCAUCGCCACCACCAUCGCCCUCACCUCGGGCAACGAGCUGCAGCGCUGCGGACGCAUCGCCAUGCAGGUACGGGGGAAGGGGACACCGAGUUCAAAUUCUAUUUCUGAGUGUCAAUUCAAAUUCCGAUUAAAUUUCUGGUGCCACUAACAUUACUCCAUACAGUAAGACAGGGGAGUCAGUAUGUACAGCAGAAGGGGGUUAUGAAUGGAUGGCUGGUUGAACACAACAAACAUAUUGGAUAUCUAUUCCAUCAAUGGAUAUAUAGAAACCUCUUUCUCUUUCUCCAACUCAGAUGAGGGUGUCCAUGGAUGAGUUCCGGAGUCUUGCUGCCCGCUACGCUGACUUGUACCAAUCCUCAUUUGACGCUGACUCUGCCACACUGCGUAACGUGGAACUGUAUCCUUAAACAUAAGAGAACGGACACACCUUGCCCAUCAAAUCAUUAGUAGAAUCUUAGUUAAAACCAUUUCCAUUGAAAAUCCUCUCACAUGUCUUUAACUGUUGGCCACAGACAACAACAGAGCUGCUUGCUGGUCUCCCAUGUCAUCGAGGCUCUGAUACUGGACCCACAUUCAGCCAGGUAAGGCUUGUUAAUAUGACUAAUAAACUUAUGCACUCAUUGCUGUGUAAUAUUUAGGGGAUUCUUUUCCUUACCACAUCAGAAGCCUAACCUAAUAUUCCAGGAAAUGUUGUCUUGAAGCGUUUACUAUAAUCUGGUCAUUUCAGUUGAUUCGAUCUGAAUUCUACCAAAACUAAUAUUUUAGUGAAAAUUCUAUUGAAGCAAAUGGGAUAUCCCUCUGUUCUGCCCUCCAGUUUCCAGGACUAUGGUACCCUGGGCUCGGUGCAGACGGAGAGUGAGUACGAGAGGCGGAUGAUGUCCGUGUUCAACCACGUCUUGGAGGAAGUGGAGGGCCUAAGCAGGAAGCACCCUCCUGUCUCUUACCUGGUGAGGUCAUUACACUGCCCAGGGUUGUGUUCAUUAGGCACCAAACGGUAGAAAAUUGACAAACUGCGAGAACCACUACCUGGACUUGUCCAAUAAGAAACACUUGUUUUCUUUUUUCAGUACAAAGCGUUUUCAGUUGCUUGCCUUAAUGGACCUGUAAUGACACUUCGUCCAGCUGGUCAGUGUGUAGUCAGUGGAUAGGACUACAAAAUGCAAAUCUAUUUGUUUUUGUUGUUUAUGUAGCACACAGGUUGUCUAUGUGACGCGGUCAUAGCUCUGCUCAAGGUCCCACUGUCCUUCCAGAGGUACUUCUUCCAGAAACUCCAGUCAACCAGUAUUAAGGUAACUAACUAUAAUGCAAUACAAAUGCUAUUCGGAAUACACUACUUUAGCUCAGUUCUUGCUUUAGGAACCAUUUGAUGCAUUGGUAUUUGGUACGCUGUAAAAUAUAUUUAUUAGAUUUGCAAUAACAUUAAGAAGUAGUAUUUUGCAUUGAAAUGAUUCAUUGAAAUUGAUUCAGACUUAUUUUAAUUUUUUUAAUGCAUUUCCAGCUUGCUCUCUCCCCGUCUCCUCGGACCCCGACCGAGCCAAUCCCAGUGCAGAACAACCAACAGCUGACUCUGAAGGUGGAGGGCGUGGUGCAGCAUGGCUCCACCCCCGGACUGUUCCGCAAGAUUCAGUCUGUCUGCCUCAACGUAAGCUCCACUCUCCAGAGCAAGACAGGUGGACCCGAAUACAAGGUGACUCUAAAGCAAUCCCACCCCCUGCCCUAGUAGUGAUUAUUGCAGUGGUAAUUUACCUUACACACUACUUGGCUGGUGUUAUAAACUGUUGAGGCUUUUGAUGGAUAUCUCAUACUCUAUUCCUAUACUGUUACAAUGUCUCUAGCUAGUAUGGUUUUAGACCUUUUUAUCUUAAUUUAGAAAGAAAAUUACACCUCCCAGUGGUUCAGCUUCAUUAAUACAACUCAAUACCAAAGUAUGUAUCCACCAGCAUAUUUCAUUUCCCAUCAGAUUCCAUUGGACAGCAACACCAAUGAGAUUGAGCAGCGGGUGGAGCCACACAAUGACUACUUCAGCACCCAGUUCCUGCUCAACUUCUCCAUCCUGGGCAGCCACACGGUCAACGUGGAGGCCUCAGUGGUGGACGAGAGCGGCAUCGAGUGGAAGACUGGGCCCAAGACCACUGUGUCGGUCAAGUCCCUGGAGGACCCUUACGCCCAGCAGCUCCGCCACAACCAGCAGCAGCAGCAACAGGCACAGCAGGCUAGGCCCGAGACGGCCCCGGCCCCACAGAGGAGUAGUGUAUACGCCCGCUUCCAGUGAUACCCUAGUAAACCCCCUCUAACCCAUUGCCUUGUCCCAUAACUGUUUGUAUGUUUCCUUUCUUCGUCAACGCUCGUCUCAAAAGACUGGACUGGAGCAAUAGAGGCAUGAGCAAUAGCUUGGUGAGCUUUUACCUACCCAUCAUUGCUUUCACCUAUCCAUUUAUUUUAGGUUACUGGUCACAAAGGAAUAUAGACAAAGCUAUUGAACGGUAUAAGUAUUAGCCCCCUGUCAAUUGUCCAAUUAUUAAAGACCACAUUUCAUUGAAACUCUGCAAUGUCAGUCUUUGUGUGAGUGUGGCUCGAUUGUUGUCAUGAUACAUAGGGGGCACUAGGACAAAUUCCCAUUAUAUUAUAUCUCUGUGCCUUUAUUAGCUUUCGAUAAAGGCCUUGUAUAGUGGAAACUGGAAAUAUUAAUUGUCAGCAAAUCUACUUACUCAAUCUGCAGGUUAGUGCACAAGAAUGCAGAAUUUAGUCAUUAAAUUCUCCAGAGGGAGGGCCGCAC